GCCGCGCAGCCCUUUAGGUGUUGUCGUCGCGGUCGCUUGUUCGGUUUGUUUCACGCUGAGCUUCGGACGAGCUUCGUGGAAGGAAUCGAACAAUGUGGCUCUAACCGCUUUUCCACUUCCCCCCCCGCGCCGCUAGCGACGUUUUAAACGUGUUUCUCUACCCCCCCCUCCCCUCUCCCCGGAUUCCGAACCAUCCAGCACACCGCACCGAGGGGGCUAGCUCCACAAGCUAACCGGCUAACGUAGCCUAGCAUCGAGCUAUGGAGGAGCGGAAGGAGGAGGGGGAGAUCCAGGAGCACGGCCCCGAGCACUGGUUCUCCAAGUGGGAGCGGCAGUGCCUGGCCGAGGCCGAGCAGGGCGAGCCCAGCGAGGAGGAGUCGGAACCGGGGCAACAGAAGCUGUGGCACCUGUUCCAGAACUCGGCCACCGCCGUGGCUCAGCUCUACAAAGACCGAGUUUGUCAGCAGCAAGGCCUCUCCCUCUGGGUGCCCUUCCAGAACGCAGCCACAGCUGUCACUAACCUGUACAAAGAGAGUAUGGAGGCCCGUCAGCGGAGCUAUGAACUGGGCAUACACUUAGGCUACCAGCGCAGAAAUAAGGAGGUUAUUGCAUGGGUAAAGAAACGCAGAAGAACGAUCAGGCGAGAGGAUCUCAUCAGCUUCCUGUGUGGCAAAGUCCCCCCCCCAAGGACAGGUCGGGCCCCACCUAGGGUUGCCAUGGUUUCUGCAAGCCGACCAGCGCCCCCUGAGACAGGCAGCUCUGUGGAGACCGACCUGCAGCCCUUCAGAGAGGCCAUUGCACUGCACGGUCUUAGCGGUGCCAUGGCGAGCAUUUCUGUGCGCUCGGGUCCUCCGGGUUCCCCAACCCAUCCCGCCCAGUCCCUCAGCCGUCGUAGGAACGGCCUUCAUGACGUGGACCUCAACACCUUCAUCGCUGAGGAGAUGGCGCUUCAUUUGGAUUCCACGGCCAAUCGCAAACGCGGCCCUGCCCCCUGUAGUGACGUCAUCACAGACUCACCCACUCAUAAACGUAACAGGAUGCUCUGAACUUUUCCUACACCACUAAUCCCUCCUCUGUCCUCUCCUCGGUGGCCGACUGGACAGCUGAUGAGGACUGAUGCCUUGGCCAACCAUUGAAAUCUUCCUCCUAUUCAUCUUAGUUGCAAUGCUACAAAUAAAGAAAACCUUCCUUAUUACCAACCCACAUAGUUCUCCCCUUCUUUGUUUCCCACCACCCGACACCUGUUGUCUCAGACAUCCUCCAUGUUUGGGUUGUAGUCUUUAUGAGAGUAUGUUUCUUUCCUUUUUGUUUGGUUUCCCACCGUAGACCUAAUACAGAAGCGAGCACACGUCACUCUUGAAAUCCUUAAACUGCAGAAUGUUGCAUUUAGACAUUGUUCAUGGCCGGGUUCCUUUGUGCUUCACAUCCAAUUAUGAGAUGAUCCGGGCUGUCGCCUUCUGUUUGCUGUCCUCUUCCCCGACCUCCCUCAAAUGUACUUCCUCCUCCUGCUCUGUGGAGUGCUGGCCAGACCAGGCCGGACUGAAGCUCGGGCUCCAUGGGGCUGAGCGGCCCUGCUGUGCGGCUCCACUCAAAACGCUUCUCAUUCUGCUGCUGCUUUGUGUUUUUUGCAUAUCUGACAGCAGAACUGCCACUUACUGUGUUGUACUCGUCUUUGCCUUUGAGAAAGCUGCUACAGUAUCUCUGGUUGUUGUGCAACAGUGAGUGUGUGUGUGUUUGAGUAUGUGUGUGCGCUUGUGGAUGCAGGGUUCUGCAUCAGCACCCACUCGACCCAAUUUUCUGUUUUACUUAAAUUCAUCCUUUUCUCUUUAGUUGCUCUUUGCAGCCCAAACCAGGGUUUUAUCACAAAGCAGGUCAGUCCGAUUCACACAGGUCGUGGUGACCAUCGCUCACUGUUAGUUCUCAACUUGAAUGGUGGGAUGACAAGAGUAAGCAAGAUUUAUUUUCAUCACUUUUCUUUGCUCGAGAACCAUUGUCCCAAAUCGUAUUUAAGUUUUUGUAUUUAGUUUCCAAAUACCGAAACAUUUAGUUUCCCCUCAGCAUUGGACUUUAACAUAAAGACGAGUAUCAGUGUUUCAAAUCUUGCAUUUUACCGAAAUCAUGUUUACAUUUGUCCCACUGAUAAGAACCCCAACAGAUGCUUUGUUUCCAUUCUGUCUCUUGUACUUCAGAAACGACACUUUGACACUUGUGAUUUCAGCUUUAAACAGAAGUUACCUGUUAAUUAACAGGGGGCCAACGGCUGUGAUGCUUUGUUUUGUCUCGUCAGUUCCUGGACUAUUGGGUGUGAUGGUUCGACGAGGCUAGGGCCACUUGUUUUUUGCUAGUUUCACACACUGCUUUGUGAUACAAUCUUGUGUAAUGUGUGUAAAUAACAUGUAGGUGCUGUUAUAUGUGGUACAUAUUGUAAAAAGAAGUGCAAAUCCAUUGGGAUGUCCAUGUACAAUAACAAUUCUGACAUUAAAGAAAAAUAAAGAGUUUAACUAA